AUGGCACAAUUUGAGAUCAAGGAAGCUACUGGUGAUAUCGAAUCUUCACCCCAAGGCUCUACAAUAGAUGGUAUUGAGAUUGGUGCCACGCCUAUACUGGCAAAGAGCUUCAACCUCUUGAGCGCUUGUGCGACUGGAAUUACAACGGGAAAUGCUUGGGCAGUUCUGGGAGGUGGAAUUAUUGCCUCUCUCUACAAUGGCGGACCACCGGGAAUCAUAUACGAGUUCGCAAGUGCCUCCUUUUUCUAUUGCUUCAUUGCCGCGUCGAUUGCCGAGCUUGCUUCUUCAAUUCCAGCUUCUGGAGGAGUCUAUCACUGGGCUACUAUCACCGCUGGUCCUCACUAUGGCAGAAUAUGCGGUUGGUUCGCUGGGUGGUUGAAUGGCAUUGCUUGGACAUUCGCCGUAGCAGGGAACUGUUCUAUGACUGGAAGCAUGAUUGUCUACUCAUACGCACUCUACCAUCCAGAGGUGAAGCCGCAGCGCUGGCAUGUUUUUGUUUGCUAUCUGAUCAUGUCCUGGCUCUGUUGUCUUACGGUCAUGUUCUGCCAACGGGCUCUUCCGCUCAUCAGCAGAAUCGGAUCUUUCUUCAUUAUUGCUGGUUUCGGUAUUACAAUUCUGGUCUGCGCUAUCAUGCCUAGCAGAAAUGGAGCCGGAUAUGCAUCAAAUGACUUUGUCUGGAAAGAUUGGAACAACGUCACUGGUUACUCCAACGGAUUCACGUUCCUUGCAGGCAUGUUAAAUGGAGCAUUCGCUAUAGGUGCCAUUGACUGCGUCACGCAUAUCGCAGAAGAAAUUCCCGAUGCAAGACGAAAUAUCCCAAGAGCCCUUGCUUGCCAAGUGACCAUCGGCUUCGCGACUGGCUUUUGCUAUUUGAUCUCCAUGUUCUAUGCUGUCACCGACCUGCCUCUUAUUGUGAACUCCGACUCCAUCUCACCCCUUGGGGAUAUCUAUUUGCAAGCAACUGGUUCCCGAGCAGGUGCGGUGGGGCUUCUUGUGCUCACCAUCGCGCCCAUCUUCUGUGCCACGAUUGGAUGCUAUAUUACCGCGGGAAGAACAUUCUAUGUGUUGGGUCGUGACGAUGCAACGCCGUUUUCAAAACACAUUGGAGCCAUCAGUCCAAAGUGGCAUAGCCCACUGUAUGCAACUUUGGCAUGUGGCGUGUUUCUGACAUGUAUCGGAGCAAUUUACGUGGGAUCUUAUACUGCUUUUGAGGCUUUUAUUGGCUCGUUUGUGCUGCUCACAACGCUGUCUUACUUCCUCGCUAUAUUCCCACAUUUGAUAACAGGGCGCAAGAAUAUUCGCCCUGGUCCAUUUUGGAUGGGAAAAGUUGGCUCUGUUGUCAAUGCCGUUGCAUGUCUGUACAUUGCUGCCUCGUUUGUGAUUUACUGCUUCCCUUAUACCCUGCCGACCUCCCCGGAAGAGAUGAACUAUACUAGUGUGAUCACAUGUGGAUUGACAUUGCUAGUGGCGCUAUGGUGGGUAUUGCACGGAAGGGGGAACUAUACUGGACCACAGGUGGACUUGCACUUGCAGUGA